UGGCAACAGCCGGAGAGCUGCCAGUUUGACACCCGUGCGCUAGACAGGGAGGAUCCGGUACACCUGUGCAAGGCUGAAGGGCAGGAGCCCGUACAACUGGCCAAGACUGAAGGGGAGGAGCCAGUACACCUGUGCAAGACUGAAGGGGAGGAGCCAGUACACCUGUGCAAUACUGAAGGGGAGGAGCCGGUACACCUGUGCAAGACUGAAGGGAGGAGCCGGUACACCUGUACAAGACUGAAGGGGAGGAGCUGGUACACCUGUACAAGACUGAAGGGGAGGAGCCUGUACACCUGUGCAAGCCUGAAGGAGAGGAGCCGGUACACCUGUGCAAGACUGAAGGGGAGGAGCCGGUACACCUGUGCAAGCCUGAAGGAGAGGAGCCGGUACACCUGUGCAAGACUGAAGGGGAGG